AUGGCAGCGGAGUCCGAGAGGUCGCCCUACCCCGAUGGUUCCUCUGGUGGACCCAGCCUGGCCCAAGACGAUGAUGAGGCUGCCUCAUUUGCAUCCCGGCGGUCUGCGAGUGAAAGCGAUAUGGUGGAAAUGCCACGUUCUGCAUUUAAAUCUCAAACACAGGCAUCCGUUCUGGCCCAGCUACCAAAACUAUCGUCUGCAGUUCCCGCCAUUUCGGCCCCUCCCUCUACCACGAAUUCCGCCCUCUCUUCGCGCGAAUCCUCCCCCGUUCGUUCCUCCCGUCGUGCACGCAACCCGACGUCGGCACCUCGCAGUUCCAGGUCACGCCGGAACAGUCAGGAUCGUAGUCCGCAACGGUCCAUACCAGUUCCUACCGCGACCGCUGUGCAAAGAGCGCUCUCCCAGCCCAGCAAGCCUCUUGUGCUGAGCGCCUCCCCGAAUGUCGAACCGUCCACCAAUGUUCCCAGCCCAGAAAAAUCUAGCAACAUGCCGUUAUGGGGCUCUACCCCUCCGAAUACCUCGAGCAAGCGAUCCUUGCCGCCGUCCGACGACUUUGCCGCCAGAGGAGAUCGGAGUGCACCUCGCAACGUGAGCAGCCGCAUCAAUGCGCCCGGGUCUGCCCUCGAGACCGUAGAGGAGAUGACCAGCGAUCCCUCGACACCGUCGGCCGAUACUAUUCUGAACCAGCCUCUGCCGGAGGAGCCCAAGCUGCAAAAGAUCGAUGAAGACACAACCCCAAAGGCGUCCAGACAUAAUAACAAUGUCGAGAGUGGAAGUGACAGUGGCGGAAACAAAAGCUCAGAGCGCAUGGAAGACACUCGUCGUUGGGUAUCCACGGGUACCAGAGGAUCCGAGUCCCUCAUGCCGAAGCGCUCCACCACCUCGUUGAGCGGUGCUCGCGGGAAACCGGCAGAAGGGUCGGUCCGCAACAUGAUUGUCGAGACCGAGACGGUGACCUCGAUUCCCCAGGUUUCUCUUGGCGUGGUACCGGGCGAACGUGGCAAUUCAGGCCGGGUAGACAGCGGCACUUUGCGGAUGAAGCCGAGUACGGAGACCAUUCGUCCGAGAAAGGAAAAACGGAAAACUCGCAAACCUGCUGCCCUCACCAGCGGCGCCGCAUCUUCCAAAGCUGAUAUCUUUGAAGCGAAAGUGGCCAGCGCGGUCGAUGAGGCCGACGUCUCCGACUCUGAUGAAACGUUUGUCUACGAGUCCAAUCCCCCAGACCCAUAUCCGGUCCGGCAGAACCGGUAUCAUUCCCGCACACCCAGUGCAACGUCUAUGGCAAGCCAAGUCGACCAGCUGGCAGGUCGGGCGCGACAUAGCAUGAGAGACUCAACGCACAGCGUUACCGGUAAACGCAGCAUGAAAUUCACAAAUAAUACAUACACCAGUAGUGUGGACGGGGAUGCUGGGGACGAAAGCGGCCGUCCUCUUUCCAGGGUAGAUAACGGCACGCACACUCCCCGGCACCACCAUAUCGGGCGGUAUGGACGCAACAACAACGGAUAUCCGUCCCUGUUUGACAAUGACUCGCCGUUCCCGCAGUCUCAGGCACAUCCCAAGUCGCCUCGGCAUUUCAUUGGCAGUGGACUUCGACAGUCAAGGCAUGCGAACUCGCGUGGACUUCCGAAUUAUCGCACGAUCAAUGGGUCAAAGAAGACGGACGAUAUGUAUCCUUACGAUUUUGAUGCAGAAGGCGCGGAUGAUGAGCGCACGCCUCUGGUCGGGUCGACACGUGUCUCACGAAGCCGGCAUGGCGGUCGACGCCCCGGCAGUGCCAGUUUGCGUCAAAUGGAGUAUAUGCAACAACGGCAACGCAGUUAUUUUUCACGCUACGGUAUUUGUCUCAUCAUUGGCCUCUUGCUGUUUUUGGUCAUUGGAGGCGCCACCUCGUUCAUCGUCGGGAUUACAAAGCCACUAGUGGACGUGCAAGUCCUUGCCAUCCAGAACGUGCUCGCUUCGGAGCAAGAGAUUAUGUUGGACCUCAGUGUUCAGGCCGUGAACCCCAAUCUUUUUCCUGUGGCUGUCGAUGAUAUGGACGUGAACAUCUUCGCCAGAAGCCGAUUUGUGGGAACGGACAAACUCUGGCGGGAUCACGGCUCAGAUCAGGAUGAGUUUCCUCGCAUCGAACGAAGCAGGAAGCGAGCGGAAAUGGCUCAACUUGCUCGCUGUGACAGGGAUACCGAAUGCACGCGGGAUGUUCUUGCCAGAGAGUCCCUCAAUGGAGGCGUCGACAAGGGUACCGAUCCCAUACCAACCGACCCUGCUGGUGAUCCUCAGACCAUGCUGCUAGGCCGUGUUUUCCACUUCGAUUCGCCCCUCGCGUUCGAGCCGUCUCCAUGGAAUCACGUACCCACUACUUCCAAAAGCCAGAUCCGCCUCGCUCGACCCGGAAACAGAACCGAGGAAGGCGGCACGGAGCGGUGGGAGCGGGUGCUUCAGCAUCCUUUUGAGCUGAUUGUUCGUGGUGUCAUCAAGUAUCAACUGCCCUUGAGCUCUAGGUACUACUCGUCGCCUGUGAGCUCUAGCGUAAAGGUGGUGCCCAAUGAUGACAACGAUGAUACGCCCGACCCUGGUUCCGGAAAGAAUGACACAGUUUCAAUAUCCACAUCAAGGGCGUACCGUCGCAGCUUAUCUGAUCGCAGUUUGAAAUACUCAGACAGCCGGUCCUCGGGAGGUGUCCGAAAGACACUUGAACUAGUGGCGCGAGCCUUCACAGCCUAA